AUGAAGCAUCCUGGCGCUCCGUCUGUUGUGGGGUCACAGGCGGAGCCGAGGCAGGUGUACCUGAAGUUCACGAACCUGAAGACCGGGCUCACGUACUGCACCAAGGGCCAGGAGAAGGACGGUGAUGGCAACCCCACGGACUGCGUGAGUCCGACCGUGGCGGAGCUGGCGUCAGGAGUGACAAAGUACAGGCCAGAGGUGCUAGUGAAGUGCGUCUGCGCGCCGGGCACCGAGUGCAAUAGCAUGAUCGCCGGCGCUGGCGUCGCGUCCACGAUCUUCGUGCGGAUCGCCCUAGGCACGCCGCUGGAGCGCUUUGGCCCGGUGAACGUUCAGUCGGGGCUGCUGACGUUCAGGGCCAUCUGGGUUGCUGCAGCUGCUGGCAUCAGUGCGCCGUGGAACUACACGCUGAUCCGCUUCUUCAUCGGCGACGUUCGUCACGAACCAGUUCUGGUGCUCCCUGAUGUUCGCUCCGAACGUCAUUGGCACGGCGAACGCCGCAGCUGCCCUCGUCGGGCUGGUGGCAGGGGGAUACAGCUGUUCUCGUACAUGUUCAUGCUGGUCGCCACCUCGAGGCUCAGUGGCGCCAAAGCGAACCAACCAAGAAAAGCGAGGAAGAAGGAGAUUGUCGAUGCCCAGAAAGCGCGCAUGUGCGGAUUCUGCUGCACCAUUCCGCAAACCCGGAGCAGUGGCAGCUCCGUGGCCUUGUUGUUCUCGUCGACCGCCAACUUGAAGUCAGACAUCUCCGCAGGGUUUCACCGGCUGAGAGGGGCACCGUCGCACUUUGUGUGA